AUGAAAACGCAGGCUUGCAGACACACCAACAAAGAUAGAAACAGCGAUAGGGAUAAAAAAGAAGCAGAUAAGGACAAACAGAUGCUUUACUGCAGACGGUCCAUCGCGCCGGUCACUUCUGGCCGUCCGCCUCCACAGAGACUCGCCAGACGUUCGUGGUCGCGUGGAGUAGGCCGGAAGUGCGGUCGUUUUCGCACUUUGCUGCAAAAAGCCUCUCAUGUCCACAUGAAAAAGGCAGCAGAACACUUGGCCAAAUGGACGAAACUCCGCCUAAGAGGGUCCGCCAAAUCGGGUGCAGAUUGA